AUGAAAAAAAUUCUUUAUAAUGGAACAUGUGGUCCUAAUGAACAAUAUGAAGACUGUGGUAUAGAAUGUCAACGAACAUGUGCUGAUAUUCAAAUACCUCAAAAGCAAUGUCAUCAAAUGUGUGUUAUUGGUUGUUUUUGUAUUAAUGGUUAUGUACGACAACAUGAUGAGAAUAGUCUAUGUAUACAAGAAAUUGAAUGUUAA